GCGUCCUUGAAGUAAGGUCGUCAUCUAAAAAAGCCAUGAAAACAGUGAUACAAAGACCGACGGGACUGUUGAUCUUAUUGUUCUUCAGCUACUUUUUCAUUUCAUUAGCUCGAAGGGCUAUACAAAACAUCUACCCUAUAAUUCCAACUGAACAUAAAGGAAAUAAAGGAAAUACACACUUAGGUUUAAUAAUAACUGCUCAAACAUUGGGUUAUACAGUUACAAAAUUGGUUGGUGGAGUUCUCAUGGAUCAUCUAAAUCCACUCAAUGUAUUUAUAUACUCACUUAUUUCUGUUUCAGGCUUCCUUUUUCUUUUAUCAGUUUCAUCUCAUUGGUUGGUUUGGUUACUGUUAAACGGAUUGACGGGUAUAACGCUUGGUUCUGGUUGGCCGGCCAUAUCAAAAUUACUGCGUAUGCAUAUAUCUCCUCAAGAGCUAGCCACUUGGUGGGGAAUUAUAUCAUCAUCUGCUAAUGUAGCCGGGUGUUUAGGAUCUUGGAUAUCCAUUGGAAUCGUUUCAAUAUCAGUCUUAAUUUUUGGUGAUUCUGCAUGGAUAGCGCCAUUUAUUAUUGUUGGGAUUUUGUGCAUCAUAUCUGCUUUAUUGCUUAUUGUAUAUCAACGUCUCCAAACGGCACAUCUCACUAAGCUUGAUAACAAAAUUCAUACAAAAACUAUAUCAACUGAAUCAUUGAUUUCUAACAAAUGUUCACCUAUUGAAAUUUUAACGAAUGAUCAAUCAUUUCCUAGAAAUCCAGAUUCAGUAUUAAAGCAUAGGGAGUGUUAUUCUAAUCCAAUGCAAAUGUCUACCACUGCAAAUAAUCAAGCAGAGAUUUUAGAUGAAAAAGCUGAACAAAAAAUGAAUUGUACAAACGAUCAACACUAUCAAAGAACACAACCUGUAAAAUUGACUGUUAUUCAUCAAAUUUCAAGGUUGUUUCUUACUUUAAGCCCAAGACAACGUUUACUACUAUUCAGUUCUGCUACUGUUCAUAUGUGCAGUACAUUUCUACGCUAUGCUAUAGCUGAUUGGAUUGGGGUAAUGCUUACAGAGAAUCAGAAUGCAUACCCUAAAAGUGUAGCAAAUUUGGUUGUUAGCAGCUACGAAUGUGGGGGAAUACUCGGUUGUAUGUUAGUUGGAGUAGUAGCUGAUUUGAAUUUGUUUAAUAAGAAUAACUCAUGGGCGAGUCGUCGUAUGCCAUUUAUUAUUAUCCAAAUGUUGAUCACAAGUGUUACGUUACUUUGUUUAAGUUGGGUUGCAGAACACAAAGCGCCUCUGACUGUUCUCGUGCUUGUUAGUUCGUUGCUUGGCAUUACUGUACUUGGAACAAUUUCUUUGUGUGGUGUUCUAGCUGUUGAACUUGCCCCACCUGGUCUUAGUGGUACUGCACAUGCACUUAGUGCUUUCGCUGCAAACAUUGGUGCUAUCUUAGCCGGUUACCCGUUCGCUGUCCUGGCGGAGCGUAUCAACUGGUCUGGUGCAUUUUUUUUAGCUGGAAUAGCAUCCGGAUUUUCAGUUAUUCCAUUUUAUGUUUUUGAGAUGCUUUUAAUGCUGAAGAUCAUUUUAUUUUGCGUUACUUUAUUGAUGCAUAUAUCGUGUAUUUCUUUUGAUUUUAAAAAAUAUUCAGAUUAUUCAAAAAUUUUCUUCUAAUC